AUCCGAGAGGUGGCAGUAUGUCUCUAGCAAAAUAAAAGUCCCCGGAAAGUCUCAUGAACACCAGCGACAGACGGUUUUGGACGUUUGGAUCACGUUUAUGUGCUCAGACACAUUGUUAAGAUGUCGAUUGGAGUGCCCAUUAAAGUCCUUCAUGAAGCAGAGGGGCACAUAGUCACCUGUGAAACUAACACAGGAGAGGUUUACAGGGGCAAACUGAUCGAAGCUGAAGACAACAUGAACUGCCAGAUGGCAAAUAUUACAGUCACAUACAGGGAUGGCCGUGUGGCUCAGCUGGAGCAGGUGUAUAUUCGUGGCAGUAAGAUUAGGUUCCUCAUCCUCCCAGAUAUGCUCAAAAAUGCUCCCAUGUUGAAGAGUAUGAAAAACAAAAACCAGGCAGCUGGUGCUGGUCGAGGGAAAGCAGCUAUUCUCAAAGCUCAAGUGGCUGCCAGAGGCCGUGGACGGGGAGGACCAGGAGGUCGAGGCAAUGUAUUUCAGAAGAGACGCUAGUUUUUUUUAAAAUUGCUUUUUUAUUGUUGUUUUAGAUGUUCAUUGUCAUGCUUGGGGAAAUAAAUGGGUGUUUUAUAGUA